AUGGCUACGUAUGGUGACGAGUCAAUAGACAGCUACCUGUAUUCAUCAUAUAACCCUUACUCCUGCAGGUAUCUCAACUCAAAAUCCAGAGGGGUCGGCUGGAGGCAGAAGAGUUACCUGGCGAAUUAUGGCGACGCGGAGACUUACUUUGACAACCACCAGCGAGCACAGCUGAAAUCCAUCCUUUCCCAGAUCAACCCCGACCUCACGCCCAGGCUGCGAAAGGCCAACACCAAAGACGUCGGCGUGCAGGUCAACCCCAAAACCGACGUCUCCGUGCAGUGUUCUUUGGGACCGCGUCCCCUUUUCGCCAGGAAGCGCGGAGCUCUGCGGAGGAAGGCGGACACCCAGGCGCCUGGAAGUCCCGUUAGCAGCACCGUUCGCUAUCCCCGAACUUUGGCCGUUUAUUCCCCAAUCGCGUCCAGGAGGUUGACAUCCUUCCUGGAGCCGGACAAAGACGAGGCGGAACCUGCGCCGGCUGGGGAGGCAACCGAAACCGCAGAGAAAGGCGAGGGUCUGGAGGGUGAGCGUCAGACUACGGGGGAAGAAGCGCAGAAGCCCACGGACGGAAAGGUGACUUCCGAAAAAGAAGGCCCGGACGAGCAACCGAGGAAAGCGGAGGAAAUUCAGAAGGGUGAAGAUGGAGCAAAAUCAAAGGCGCGGGUGAAGUUUCAGUUUCUGGAGCAGAAGUACGGCUACUACCACUGCAGGGACUGCAACUUGCGGUGGGAGAGCGCCUACGUCUGGUGCGUGCAAGGCACGAGCAAGGUUUACUUCAAGCAGUUCUGCAGAACGUGUCAGAAGGCGUUCAACCCCUACCGCGUGGAAGACAUCACAUGCCAGAGCUGUAAGCGGGUGCGCUGCAGAUGCCCGGUGAUGCUGCGCCACGUGGACCCCAAGCGGCCCCAUCGGCAGGACCUCUGUGGCAGGUGCAAGGGCAAGCGCCUGUCCUGCGACAGCACCUUCAGCUUCAAGUACAUCAUCUGAGGACGGGCGGUCCC